AUGAACUUUCUUAAUAAACUAUCGCAACAGAAGGCAGCAGUGCUUCAAGCGGUGGAGAAGAUUCGGCGCGAGGGCACCGAUUUGUUUGAAGAGAAUCAGACCAUGCUCAAGAACUACAAGGAGUACAAAUCACAGCUCAGAGCACUGGUCAACCAAGAACGGGAUAUCCAU